AUUCCGGCACAGAACACACGUCUGAUCAAAGUGUUGAGAGGAAAUAAAUAAUGCGUUGAUCAGGUGCUGUUAACUGAUCAGUGAAAAGUGUGUACAUGUUUUGAAGACUCAAAAUAAAUUACAAGUAUCCAACAACGACUCUUAUCAUGUAUCUCUAGAAAGAGAAAAAAGAAUCAAUUUGAUUGAUCGUCCAAAGUUUCUAAUCUCCAUAAUCUUAAAAUUCGUCGAUCCUAAUCAUUCUAACUGUACAACAACAAGAAAUUAAUAAAAAGGAACAAAAUGGACGAAAAUCUCAGUCGUGGAUAUGUGCAAUUAGGAAAAGCAAGAGGCAUGAACGAGUUUAAAUUCUCUAAUGGAUUUACACAUCUUUCACCACCGGUCGACAAAUGCAACUUAAUCUAUCUGGCCUUGAUACUUGGUGGAAUAGGCUUCCUAUUACCGUACAACAGCUUCAUAAUCGCUGUAGAUUACUUUCAAACAAGAUACCCUGGUACAACAGUAAUAUUCGACAUGUCUGUCGUUUAUAUUACAAUGGCCUUUUUUGCAGUAUUCGCUAAUAAUAUUUUAGUCGAAACAUUGUCGUUGAAUAUGCGAAUAACUUUUGGUUACUUGGUCUCGUUCGUUACAUUGAAUUUCGUUGUAAUAUGCGAAAUUUGGUGGGAAGUAUUUGGUGCUGGUACUUCGUACAAUAUUAAUUUAAUGGCUGUUGCUAUUGUCUCGCUUGGUUGUACAGUUCAACAAUCGAGCUUUUAUGGAUAUACUUCGAUGCUUCCUAGUCGUUAUACGCAAGCUGUUAUGACUGGAGAGAGUGUUGCCGGAUUUUGGGUUUCGAUUAAUCGAAUUUUGACGAAAUCGUUGCUGAAAGAUGAACGUGGUAAUACGUCGAUGUUCUUUGUAUUGUCGAAUUUGACGAUAUUAAUGUGUUUCCUGUUACAUCAAAUUGUACGAAAGUCUGAUUUCGUACAAUUUUACAUAACACUAUGCCAAGAGAGAAAUCGUAUUACAUUGGAACCAACGGAGGACGUUGGCCUGAUGGAUCCGCUUGACCAGGUGGGUGACCCAAGUAAAGGUCAAUACGGAAUUUUGAAAAUACAAACAAGUCCAUUGGGAACUGAUUCUGCCAGUGCAAGUACAGAUCUAAAUGGUACCGGACAAUAUUCAGCAUUCUCCUUUAGUAAUCCCGUUUAUGAGCCUAGUGCACCUUCUGGGAAUCCUCCAGGAAGUGCUGGUCCAACUUACAAAGUUGAAGACGUUGUGGUGAUGAGAGGCUCUUACGCUAAUCAGAAUAGCAAGCCUUGGUCUGGUAUUAAAAGAGGAUUAUUGGCAAGAUACGAAGUCUCAAAACUUAUUUUCCCAUACAUGGCUAGCAUCGGAGUUGCAUAUUUCGUAACUCUCUGUUUAUAUCCAGGAAUAGUGUCAGAAAUAGUAUCUUGCAAAUACGAAUCAUGGAUGCCGGUCAUUUUGAUGACAGCUUUCAAUGUUUCUGAUCUCUUUGGCAAGUUAUUAGCAACAAUACCGUAUCAAUGGAAACGUACUCAUUUACUAUACUUCUCGAGUGCAAGGAUAAUACUGAUACCUUUGUUUUUAUUAUGCGCUAUACCAAGAAGUGGUCCUAUAUUAUCCGACGAAUGUUAUCCAUUAGUGUUUUCCUGGCUGCUUGGUUUAACAAAUGGUAUUGUUGGAAGCAUACCAAUGAUUCAAGCACCUAGCAAAGUACCAGAGGAACAUCGUGAGCUUGCAGGCAAUAUAAUGACACUAUCAUAUAUAACGGGCUUAACAAUUGGCUCAUUGGUAGCAUAUUUAAUGGAUGCUUGCUUUGGUCCGCCGUUUCAAACGAAAUAUUUAUGCCCGAAACCAUGGAAACCAUCGACGACGCCAAUCACUAACACAACCAUAAAUAUUAUAACAAAUGUCAUGUCUUCCACAUUACCUACCAUAGAGAAAUCAACAGCGUUACCUAAAUUAAAGACAACUGCUAGCAUUCUAACAACUGUAUUGACGAGUACUAUGUUAACGAAUAGCACAAUUUACACGGACCUUCCGACGACAAUCUUACCGAAAAUAUUAGCCAAUGUUACAACCUCGGCCAGUAAUGCGAUUGUGCAACACUAAAACGCGCACGUUUGUGUACUGUGUGGAGUCUGGUGUUUUACUUAUUUUUUUUCCUCGUAAAAAAAAAAAGAACAAAAGAAAUAAAAUUCGUGAACAAUGAAUAAAAAUUGCGCGAACAUAUGACAUUCUCGUAGAACGAAGAAAAGAUAAUUAGAAGAUAUUCGAACUAAAUAAGAGGAAGAAUUAGAAAAAGACGAUGAACACGUAAUCGAUCAUUUAGAUGAUUUUUCAUAAUUUUUCUUUUUUUUCUUUUUUCUUUUUAUUUGUCAUUCUGUUAGAUCUCAUAUCAUCAGCUAAGAAAAUAAAAAGAAAAAUAAAUAUUCUCAAAAAUCUUAUUGAUAUUGAACGAUGAUAAAAAUUAUUUAUUAAUUAAUUAACAUGUUUAUUUUUAAUGUAACGCCAGAUUAAACACACAUACAAAAAAUAAAAUCAAACUAUUUGAAAUAUUAUUAUCUCCAUAAGUUCGUAGAACAUUGUUUGAGUCUAUUCUAAGUCAGGGAUUUAAACCUAUAGAAAUAUUUAAUAAUAUUUUAACUAAAAAGGAUAAACUUGUUAGAGACUGAUAAGUGUGAUUUUAUGAAUUUAUUGUUCCGUUAAAACAAAUGUUUA